UUUCUAUCGCAGACUAAAGUAAAACCUAGUUUGUGAUGCAUUGUGGGUAACAUACCAACGCAAUGGCGGACGUAAACAACAUUGGGCACCUGCUAUUGUGAUUGCCGGUAAAAUGAUCUACCUUGUGAACACGUGCCUUGACCAGUCUGUGUGAGCAAUGACCAUGCCACCAUCAGGUGUAAAGAGUGAAAUGGAUGAGGAUGCACUCAUUGAGGCAGAGAUCAGACAACAGCUGGAGAUCAUCGACCUCGACAGUGAUGAUCCCAACAACAACAUUGAUGACUAUCAAAGCAUUGAGAGGCCUCUCCAGAACUUGGAGGACAGAAAUGGAGAUACGCUUGCUUUGGAUGAGGCUCACGAUUAUUUGAGUCUACUCCAGCAGCAGACAGAGAGGUUCGAGAGGGAACUGACUGAGUGCGAUGACCUCAUCAACUACCACAACCCAGACAAUGGGGCUGUGAAGGAGGUGGAUCUUGGUGACCUGGACGAGGAAGCCAAUAGAGCCGGGGUAGAUCCAGCUGAACUCAGGAGGAAGAUUUUGGAGGAGAUAGAAAGAGAAGAUGAAAUAGAGGAUUUAUCUGAUGUGGAUAGUCCUCAGGAGGCAGGACAGAGUGGUGUCCCUUUAUUUGUUACAAGCGAAGUUGAGCUCCUCACAGGGAAGCAGGAUGACGGGACAGACAGAGCAGGGGAGUUUGAGGAACAAAGCACUCUUGAACCAGGUGAUGGUGUGGUGGCGGUGGUUGAUGAGAUUCAAACUCAGGAACAGUUCUUUAAACAACAGCUGCAGGAGAUGGACAUAAAGUACAGACAGAGAGAGGCAAAAUGGAAACAGGACACUGAGACAAGACGGAGAGAGGAGGAAGAACGAGAGAAUGUGGAGAAUGAGAGAAGGAGAGAGAUAAUGAUACAGCAUAAGCAGGAAGAAGAGACUUUGGCUCAACACAAAAAGAUUGCAGCAGAAAAACUUGAGGCAGAAAUUGAAGAAAAACGAAAAGUCAUCAGUGACGAGGUUAAAACAUUUGAAGAGCAGAUAACUCUGCUAGAGAUGGAGACUCGCCGGGAACAACAGGAACUGGAGAGAUCUGUACAACUACAGCAGGAGAAGAGGGAACACAGAGAGAAGAUGUCCGCCACUGCCAUUCAGGCUGGAUACAGAGGAUACAGAGUACGAAAAACAUCAAAUUCCACACUGAAACAGAAACGAGAAGAGAGAGCUAAACUGAGAGAGGAGAAAAGGAUUCAGGAAGUUGAAGAAGAAAUAAGACAAAGAAAGGAAGAAAUCAAUAAGAAGAAGGAAGAAGAAAAACAGAAGAUAGAGGAACUUCAGAAAGUUGAAGAAGCAAAAAGACAAGAAGAAGAAAGGGUACUGAGAGAAGCGGAGGAAAAACAAAGGCAGGAAGAAAUAAAAAAGGAGGAAGAGAGAAAAAGAUUAGAAGAGGAAAGGAAGAAAAAAGAAGAGGAAAAGAGACGAGAGGAGGAUGAGAAAAGACAAUUGGAAGCGAAGAAAGCAGAGGAGGAAAAGAGAAAAGAAGAAAAACGAAAAUUGGAAGAACAGAAAAUGGAAAAGGAAAGGAAAGAAAAGGAGAGACUUGAAGAGGAAAGGAAAGAAAAGGAGAGACUUGAAGAGGAAAGGAAAGAAAAGGAGAGACUUGAAGAGGAAAGGAAGAUGAAAGAGCAGGAAAGGUUGGAUAAGGAAAAAAAAGAAAUAGAGGAAGACAGAUUGAGACAAGAAGCAGAAGAAAAAAGAUUACAGGAAAAGGAUAAAGAAGACUCAAAAUUAAAUGAGGAAAACAGAUUGAGAGAGGAGAAUGAAAGAUUAAAGGAAGAACUACGGAAAGUAAGAGGAGAGAAUAACACAGCAGAAAGUCAAAAACAUUCUUCUGAAACACAGCUUGUGAAGGAAGUGAAAAGCAUAGUGGUGACAGAACCUAAAAUAGAAGUAGAACAAUUGCAACCAGAAAGUAAAGGUACAUCUGGCGAAGUUCGCAAAUCCCUGAAAGAAAAACGUGAAAAGUUUGAGGAGAGUAAGCUGCAGAGCGUGUGCCAGAGUGGGAGUGCUGACACUCUUGGGAGCACCCUGCCCUCCCACCUAGAGGCGAGGAGGCUGGCCUGGAUCAAAGAGUGUCUGCCUUGGAGCAAAGUGAGCAAUGAACCGUGGAAACUUAAAGGAGGUGUGUCCAAGAAGCCUCCAAGACGACCCUCGUCUGCUAAGAAGUUACCUCCCUUGUCUGAGGACAUUGUAAUAGCAGCAGCCCGAGUAGCUACACUGAAACAAGUGACCACGGUCCAGUUGAGUGACCUUCCAGGCUGCACAUUGUCCACUCUCAGUCACUGCUGGGGCCUAAAGUCUCUGACAAUGACCAACUGUAAUCUAGUGGCCCUGGACAGUCUGAAUGAGUGUAAACAGCUGCAGUAUCUGAACGUGAAGAGGAACAAGCUGGAGUACGUUGACCUGAAGGACCUGGGCAACCUGCAGGUCGUUAACCUCUCCAACAACAACCUGUCUCUAGUACAUGGGCUUGAUGGCUGCACCAACAUCCGCUGGCUUGACCUCUCGUGUAACAGGAUAACAAGAUUAGGCUGUCUUGAUCCCCUGCGUCGGCUCCACACCCUGAUACUCUCCAGCAAUCAGCUCAUCAGCUGCAGCGGCAUCAGUGACGUCCCAACGCUGCAGCAUCUCAACCUCUCCAACAACCAUCUGCAAGGACUUGAUGGUCUCCACAAGCUCUGCCUGCUGCAGAAGCUGGACGUGUCGGCUAACAACCUACUGCAGUUCCCUGAUGUAAGGAACCAAGUGUUGCUAGAGGAGUGUGACAUGUCGGACAACAGCAUCAGCUCCCUGGACGGACUCACCAGCAGCUGGUUGCCCCUUCUCACUACACUCAGUCUCGCCAAAAACAGUCUGACCGAGGUGGACGUGGUGGACAAUCUGCUCCUACUGAGGAGCCUGGACAUCACCAACAACCAACUAUUGGACCUAGAGGGACUGUGUUCAGCUGUCAGUUAUCUCCCUUACCUUGAGGUCAUAAAUGUUCAGGACAACCCAGCCACCGAUGGAGUCACAUAUCAUGAGAAGUUUACAAAGGUUUUUACCAGACUGAAGACGCUAGAUGGUACAACAGUAACUUCCCCUGGCGGUACCACCGUCCUGCAUCCUAAGACUGACUUCGAGGCCAUGUGUAUGACACAGUGUCAGUUCCACACCAGUGUCAGGAAUACCUUCCUGCAAGAGCUACAGGCUGUUGAAUCCAAGUCUCAAGUAGAUGACCUGGCCUUGUGUGAAGUGUAUUUCCGCUACUGUGACAAAUCUUUCAAAAUGGCAGUUGAACACCGUUAUGCGCACGAAUAUGGUGAAGUGUCUAUGACAAUACCCACUGCCCCAACUACACCCAAGUCUGGUCGGCCACAAUCCGCCAGGACAAAAGCGCUUCAAAAAGACACAGAUUCUUAUCUGAGCCCGAAAGAAAUGUUUGAAAAGGCUCUGAACUCCAGCAACAAGAAGGAUGAAGAGAUGAAACAAGAUGGUGGCCUGGUAUCUGAUAACCCCAGAGACUUGUUUGAGAAAGCUUUGAUGGCCACCACCAAGACUGGCGGUGGUGGUGCUGCUGCUGGAGAAGUUCAUGGAGGAUGCAGUGAUGCCAAGAAAUUGUUUGAAAGCAGUCUGAGAACUGAGACAUCACAGGGGAUGGGCAGUGGAAAGGAUCUAUUUGAAAAGUCUAUACAAAAUCAGAUGACAGAACAGAGAACUGGUUCACAGAACACAGCAUGGCCUGCUGACACUGCCCGGGGUGACCUGAAUCUUCGAGCCUCGCUACAGAAUCUGCCUCCAGACGAGUUGGCCAUUCUAGAGGAGUUGCACUCAGCAGCCACCAGGAUACAGGCCACAUGGCGGGGCUACAACCUGCGCAUGAAGCUGUCGGCUGCGCUGGACUAUGCAAGGAGGGAGGGAGAUGAUGAUGAUUCCGAUCUAGACGACUUCAAUAUGGAUGAUCUAACCUUUGAUGAGGAAUCUCUGGAGAGGGGCUGGAGACCAACAGAAACCCCCCAGCUUCCACAGAGCCAUCCUGUGCUGGGCAAACCACCUAUCGGAAGACGGGGUACACCGGAUGUCCUCAAGCUGGAGCUAGCCCCCGUCCACCCACCCAACCGUCCCCGCCAGGCCUGGAGAAAUGCGGACUCACCCUUGUCUGACCUGGGUCCCCACCCACCACGACCCCCCUCCUCAUUGAGGAGUGUCACCGACACCCAUCGUACGGGCCUGUCAAAGAAGGAGGAGAAGUUGGCCGAGGAAUGGGGGUUCCAGAGCUCUCGCACUGCAGAACUGAUGAUGCAGAGAGCAAAGAAAAUGAAGUUGAACUCUGAGAAGAAACAGAAAAUGAGUAAACUUGAUCCCAAACAAAGACUUGCUUUGUUUCGCAAACUGGAAGAAACAACAAAGCUGUCUCCAAUAAGACCAGUUGUUAGGCGAACAUUACCAAGGAAGGAAUAUUUCCAAGCUAAAACUGGAACUCAUGCUCGAGAGGAUGAGAUUCAACGCCAGGACUUUGUGAAACGACAGGAGGUGAAGACACGAAGUGUGCGCACAUAUGAGUGGCUGCACACACAGGUUGCCAACUUCCAGGAGGGGCCGUCAGAGAGGAACAGUGACUAUGAGGGAGGUCAUCCUGUAGCUCGACACAUGAACAUGACUUCUGGAUAUGAUGACUCUCACAGUGUGGAGGAGCGGAGAGGCAGGAGGUUCUCAUCAGGUGAAGGUUCAGGUCAAACUACAUUCUUGCCUCCGAUCAAGCCCAACUCUGCAGGAAGCAGUGGCAGUAAUGGUGGCCGGCGGAAAGAGAAGAUGUCAUGGAGGAACAAACCAACUGACGUGGAUGUAGGCUGGGGUGGUGGCCGGAAGAGACAUAACUGAUGUUUUUUGUUUGUUCUGUUUGAUGUUUAAGGCCGCAUUCAGCAAUAUUCCAGCUAUAUGACGGCAGUCUCUAAAUAGUCAAGUCUGGGCCAGACAAUCCAGUGAUUGACAUCAUGAGCAUCGAUCCACGCAGUUGGGAUACGAUGCUUCAACCAAGUCAGCGAGCGUGACCACCUGAUCCCGUUAGUCACCUCUUAUGACACGCAUAGUCGCCUCUUACCGUAAGCAUGGGUUGUUGCAUAACUGAUGUACUGACUCUAGUGGAUGUGUGUUUGUUGUCUGAUGUGGACUAGAUUUGAAAUUUACUCUGUGUUGAAACUGUGAAUGAUGUCUGUGUGUACUUAAGAUGAGGAAGCAACAUAUACUACUCGACUUUUGAUAGGGGUAAUCAGAUAUGACUUUGUAAAUAUACACUUGACAUUAUGAGAAUCACUUUUGUGCAUCAUACCAUGGACACUUAAUACUAUAUUUAGGGUCCAUGAUCAUACUGCUGGGCAAAAUGUAGAGAUACCAUCAAAAUCAGGUAAUAUGAUACCUCCUGCCCUAUCACCCACACAGCAAUGCUGGACCAUGUAGAGCACCAUUGCCUAUCUGUGGUCAGCACAGAGUAAGGGGCUCAUUGAGUUGGGUUUGCUCUUUUUAAACAAAGUGAGGAGAAGAAAGAAUGGUAGUUAUUGGCUAUAUUCACAAUGUGAAAAACACUUAUGAAAAGUUAAAAUGUCUAUUAACAGUACAAUCAUAAUAUUUAUAUGUUCUAUUGAAGUGUUUUAAGUAUAUGUUUUCAUAUAAUUGGCAUAUUUUUUCAUAA